AUCUCCCUGUUUUAGCCUCUUCCAUCAUGGAUCUCAGCCUCUGCGGCUACUUGUCCACCACUAGGAUUUUCGCCCACUACAGGACCAACCCGCUAACCGGAUCGGGCGAAUCGAGGCAAUCUUAUACGAAGGCUGCAGAGGCCAAGCAUUCCUCACACCAUGGGGGCCAAAUGAUGUUGUCUCGGGGCAUGGAUGGAUAGUUUACGCAGGAUUUCGUGGCGCAGGGCGCCCUAUGUGCCAGCCUGCUACGCAAGCGUAUUGGGGGGAUACGACGUUGUCCAACCUGUUCGCUCCGUUGCGUGCUCCUCGGAUUGAGGCGAUGAAACUCGUCCGGAGAAUCAUGGCAGUGAGGCAUAAUAAAAGCGGAGCGAGCCAUCAUCAUCAUUGGUGAGGAGCACUCCUGACUUGCAACAUCACAUCCACUUUUUUUUUUUCUCAUCUCAAUCAAGUCAUUUGUCUUAGCAUGGCGACAACAAUCCGCUGCGCCCGGCGGUGGUCUGUCCUCAGGGGAUUUCGCCUCUCUCAGGCCAGGUUGGCUUCUUCGGCCGCUGCGGUUGCUGUUGAGACUCCUGCCUCGUCUCCCUCUGAAGCCCCUGCGGCUGCUGCGGCAGAGCCCAGGGAAUGGCUGGUGCUCUUUCCUGACAUGCCGAAUGUGCUUGAUCGUCGGCUCGAGAUCCGACCCCGUCAUUCCCCCAACUUUGUUCGCCUCCACCAGGAGCAGUGGGUUACCUGGGCCGGGCCCGUCUUUGAGAAACACACCUUCCCCGGCAACCCCCGUCGACCCUUCAAGGGCUCCGUGAUGGUCAUCAACGAGGUGGGCAAGGAGCAAAUCUGGGACCGUCUCAAGAGCGAUCCCUAUAUCCAGGAGAAGAUCUGGGAUCUCGAGAAUGCGCGGGUGAUUCCAUUCGUUACCAACAUGCGACGAACCCCGCAGAAGUGAAUAUUAGUUAAGGGUGUAUUUGAAUGAGAAACAUGUUUAAUCCUA